AUGGACGACAACGGAGGUUCCAAUAUUGAACAAAAUAUCAAUGGAAAGAAUAGUACAGAAGUGAAAGCAGAAUCAAAUUCCAUUAACAAUGUUCAACAACAACAGCAAAUUGAUGUCGUGUCAAUAAAAGCUGAGGAAACCUCGGCUUCUACAUCGGCAUCGACAGCUUCUAAUUCACCUGUUACUACAGUCUCGACUCCGGUUUCCAAUCCUGUAUCAGUAUCUUCUUCGUCGUCAGCCCAGAUAGGCCCUAUAACCGUUCCAACACCAACAUCCUUUGUGUCAAAUGCUAAUACAUUGGCACCUUCACCGGCAGUAGCGUCUCCACGACUACCGCAGGCAAUAACACCUAGACCUCCACCAACUUCGCAAUUACAAACAUCGAAACCAUUGCAGCAGCCGUCGCCCCAAUCCCACUCGCCUGCAACUACCUCACAACCUUCCUCCAUGACAUUACUGGAUAAUCUCACAUCACAGCUUUCGCCUGAUCGUAAAGAAAAAUUUCUCGAAUUAUUUCGGAAACUCCAGAAUAAUGCAGUUUCAGUACCUGAUUUUUUGUCACAAGCAAGAAUGCUAUUAGAUCAACAGCAAUAUCAACAAAUAGAGAAUUUAAAGAAUAAACCUUCGCAGCAGCAGGGACAACAACAGCAGCAGCAGCGGCCCCGCAAUGUACCAUCACGACCACCUACGAUACAACCGCAGCAACAAAUUCCUCAGUUACAACCUAUUAGUAGCUCUCAAGUUCGCGCUGAAGAUGCGCAACGUGCAAUGAUGCCUGGUUUCAUAAAUGCUCAACAGGGCAAAAAGUUUAAAGCAUCUGAUAUACCCAAAUCCUUACCUAUAUUUAGACCAAAUAACGUAGCCCAAGGGGCUCCACAAUUAACCUUACAACAGCAACAGUUUUUACAACAGCAGCAAAUGAAACAGCAUCUUUUACAUCAGCAUUUGAUGCAACAACAAAGAUUACAAAUGCAAGCUCAGUCAGCAAAACAGAGUAAAAAGUCUACUACACAGCAGCAGCAACAACAGGCACCCCCUCUGAACACAACGGCGAAUGCUACAAAACCUCAGCAAGAAUUAGAUGAAGUUAAGAAAGAAGUAGUAGAAGAAACAACGAAGCAACCUACCAUUACACAGAACUUCAUGAAUAGGGAAAUGCUGAAAGACAAAUUAACAAAAUAUACCUCAUCCAACCAUCUUGAACUGGAACCUGAUGUUAUCACGCUAAUAGCACUUGCUACAGAAAAACGAUUAGAGCGGCUACUUAAGCACAUGAUCGAGGCCUUUAAACAUCGUACUGAAUCGCAAACCUUCACUCAGCCUCCCGUUGAUGAGAAAACAGGGCACCACCCUUUCAAGAUUGUCGACGUGCAGGAUAUAAAAAAGCAAUUAUUAGCUAUUGAACGAGUGGAAAGAGAAGAAGAAAGAAAACGUAAAGAGAUAAUAUUAGAAAAAGAAAGAAAAGCACAGCUUGGGGAGGAUGGAGCUCAUGACGGUGGCGAUGGUUCCGGCAGUCAAGGAACAGGCGGGGGCGGCGGUGGAGGUGGAGAUGAUGGCGAUCGUCCUAAGAAAAAGAAGAAGAAAGAGAUGGGACCUAGUGUAUCAGCAAGGUAUAUGAGUGAUGAUGUACGUAAUAAGACCACCAAUGAAACAGCUUUGAUGAUUGCAGGCGGCGUAAUGAAAAGCUGGAUGUUGACAGGUAUGAAUUCGUCGGCGCCAUCUCCUUCAUCUUUCAGUAGUAGUCGAGAAAAGUUAUCAACAACCCCCAUUUCAAGGCAAAGUAGUAAUAGUGCCAAUAUGGCAGCAGCUGCAAUAAAACCGGAAUACACUAAUGACAGUCCAAAUUUAUUACCUCAACAUCAAGCAUCCAACAAUUUACCUACAACAACUAUUAAUGCCAAUGAUGCUGCAAUACAACAGGAUGAUCAAUCGCAGCAGCAACAGCACCCACAGCAACAGCCUUCAAGAGGAAGAGGAAGGCCACGAAGGCGCAAGUCAGGUAGCGGGCCUGAUGGUACAAGUGGAAAGAAGAUGAAAGGGUUUCCGAGAUUAGCAGGGGAUGGAGGAUUGUUCUUACCGCCCUCUACUAUUGGCCGACCGCAUCGUUUAGGAGAACAAGCAACAAGAAAAAUAACAAAGAAUAUGAAAACAAUAUGUUUAAUGCGCGUCGGACACUAUUAA